AUGUUGUAUUUCAAGACUAUUGCCUUCCUAUUUCUUGUGACAAUCUACACUAUAUUGAUCCAAGAUGUCCUCUGUAAAGUAGUUGUGGCUAAUGGAUCUCAGAGAUUGGUUCUUUCCAAUAAGCGUCGUAUCAAUUACAACAAAAGAGAUGCCGCUACUGCUCCUGCUGCUCCUGCUGCUUUGCCUGCUUUGCCCAACAUUCAGCUUCCAAAUGCUGAUACUACUGCCCUUCUUGCCAGUACUGGGCCAUUAUUAUCAUCUGUGUCAUCAGUCAAAAUUCCACAGCUACCAGCAUUGCCUGGAGCUGCUGCUGCUGCUCCUGCACCUGCCGCAGGGUAUCCAGCGCCAGCAGGAUAUCCACCACAAUACCAAGCUGCUCCCGCACCAAAAGCUGCCAAGAAAGAUGAAGAUGAGGAGGAGGAAGACGAAGACGAAGAUUAG